ACUAUAUGUUAAUGCACAAUUCCUUAGUUGCUGAUAAGCUUUACGCUCAUUAACAACUGUUAUUUUGGUUCUAAGAAGUGUCAAGUUUAGGGCAUCAUGGACGCCAUUCCAGAAGACAAGAUGUUACGGUACUCUUCCGACACUAUGCAGGCUUUACAAAGGCUCUAUAAUUUAGGCAAACCCGGUGACAUGGACUUUGCCAUAACAGCACUACAGGAUUGGUUGAAGAAACAACACCAUUUGACUAAAAAGGAUUACCCAAGGUCCUAUUUGGAGAGGUUGAUAAUUAUGCAAAAAGGUUCGUUGGAGAGAUCGAAAGCUCAAAUAGAGAAUAUUUGUGCAAUGCGAACAUUAUUGCCUGAAUACUUCGAGAUUAAACAGGACGAACAGACAGCAAAACUGGAUGGCUUGUCUGUUGGCUUGCUGCCGACGCUUACAGAGGAUCACUACAGAGUAUUGGGAGUCAAAUUCACCGCUCAAAAAGGCAACACUAAAACAUUUUUUAAAACCUACAAAUUCAUUAUUCGUCUGACUGAAUACGUAAUGGCCACAGACUACUGCUGCGGGGUACUAUGUAUUUUGGAUUACAGAGACGUCGACAUUAUGGACUACAUAGCUGCGACGAACGUAAAGGAAUUAUAUCAGUUUUUAAAAAUAAUAACGGUAGGCUAUGCUUUAAGGUUGAAGUAUAUACAUAUAAUAACACCAUCAACAGCAGCGAACACUUUUAUCAACUUAGUAAAGAAGAUGGUUAGUAAUAAGAUAGCAAAUCGCUUCUACAUACAUAAAACGAUAGAACCGUUGUACGAAUACGUGGCCCGAGACAAACUGCCUUCAGACUUUGGAGGACACGGGGAAUCACUAGUUGAUAACCACAGGAAAUGGGUGGAAGCAUUGACGUCUAAGAAAAUAAUGGAGCAUUUAAAAGAAAUGAGUGAAGCAAAAUCAACGCAAGCGAACGAAAUGAAAGACACGAUUAGUGAUCCGGAUUUAGGAAUAUCUGGAAGCUUCCGAUCAUUGAACGUUGAUUAAAACAUAACUUAUAUUAUUGUACGUUUAUGCAGAAAAAACAAAAAUCCAAAGAAAGGAUUUUUUAUUGAUAAAUAUGUUAUGUUCAGCAAAGACUUUAUUUGUAAGAUUGAUAGUGUAAUAUUAUCUAUAUCUAUACUUAUAAUAAAUCUGUAGAGAGGUCAAUUCUGUACAUUAAAUAUAUUUCUAAAA